AUGAAGCAAGAUUUCUUCAAGAAUCUACCAUCAGAACUCACAAUCAACAUCCUCUCACGGCUCUCUCUCCGAAGCAAAUCAAUCAGCAAAUGCGUGUGCAAACCAUGGCUCAAUCUGAUCGAGUCCAGCGAUUUCGUCAAAUCAGAAAUCAAAACCCCUCCCGCCCUAGUUCUGUUGAUGCCGGAGACGAGCAAUUCAACUCAGUGCACCAUUAUCGAAUUCGAAGAUGAAGACGAAGAAGCGGAUCUGGAGAGCUAUGCUCUUGAUCUUCAAUUCCCCCACCUCACAGAUAUUGAAAUCCCUCACGGAAACUCAGUAUCAUUAUAUCGAGCUCGGCAAACUAAUGGAUUGCUUCUUCUAGACUUACCAACAGAGCGUCUUGUAUACAUAACAAAUCCUCUCACUCGUCAACAUAUCAAGCUCUGCUUCCCUCACGUAUACAUACAUGACAAUUUGUUGAAUUUUGGAUUUUGUGUGAGCAAAAUUAGUGGGCGAUAUAAGGUCAUCUGUAUCAAUGGGGGCGCUUCCGAUGCUCAUCAUGUAUACACUCUCGGAACAGGAACAUGGAGGCGCGUUGGAGCUGGCCCCGCUUCUGGUUGCACAUUUUCUUACCAUGCAUACACUAUAUGUAAUGGCAACCCCCAUUGGGUAGUAUAUGAUUCUGCUCAAACCUUAUGGAUCUGUUGUUUUGAUGUUGAAACAGAAUGUUUUAACAUCUUCUCUGCCCCUGCCGAUGAUGAACUUAUUGUUGAUGAUGAACUUCCUUUGGAUGUGAAGUUGAAUGUUUUGAGGGGCUGCCUUUCUUUGUCUUACACAUUAGACAAAGAAUUCCUCGUCAUCUGGUUGAUGAACGAAUACCAAGUCAAGGAAUCUUGGACCAUGGAGUACCAGAUUGUUAUUGAUUUUGAUUAUGAUUGGAGUUAUUUGAAUAUUUGUACAUUCAAAAUUUUCAAAAAUGGUGACUUGUUGAUGUUUCUGGGAGACACGUGCGUCAUCUACUACUCAUACAAGACGGAAACUACGCAACAAGUCGGUAUACUUACAGAUGAACUUGCCUAUACCAUGAUUUAUACUCCUAGCCAUUUCUCACUCAAGAAUUUCGGAGGUGAGAAUGUGGUCUCGUUCUAG